AUGAACAACAAGAAAGCAUGGAACAUCAUGUCUGAUGAGUUUUAUCAGAAGACUGGCCUGAAAUGGGAUAAAGAGAAGCUCAAGAACAGAUAUGCGGUCAUGAGGAGGCAGCACGCUAUCGUAAAGUCACUUCUUAAUCGAAGUGAAUUCCGUUUGGAUGCAUCUACUGGGAACAUUAUAGCCACCAAUCAAGCUUGGAAUGAGUAUAUAAAGGGACAUCCUGAUACUGAGCCUAUAAGAGGCAAUGGGUGCCCAAUCUACAAACAGCUCGGUGUGAUAUUCUCUGAGCCAUUAACCAAUGGGAAUCAUGACCAGCCUGCUGAACUAGAGGAAGAGGCUCCUUCAGCAGUUCCUUUUAAGGAGACUUUGAACAAUAUCCAAGAGGAAGAGUCCUCUUCAGAAUCUGAGGACGAGGAUGAUGUGGCAGAUAACCAAGAAACAUUUCAACCUGCCACACAUAUUGCAACUACUAUAGUGCAUGGUACUAGUACAACUACUGCUAUGGAGAAUACAACUGCUGCUAAUCGUAAAAGAGGUCGCAAGGGGAUUGAUGAUGCUAUUGCAGGAGCUAUAUUGCGCAUGGCAGCCGCAUCAAGGCUCAAGACAGCUGCCAUAAAGCAAAUUAGUGAGAGAUACAGUAUAGCUGAUUGUAUUAAGGAAUUGGAUGCAAUGCAAGGUGUGGAAGAAGGAGUCUAUUUUGCUGCUCUGGAUUUGUUUGACAACCCUAAUGCAAGGGAGAUCUUUUUAUCUCUAAAAGGUGACAAGCGCAUGAUUUGGUUGCUUUGCAAGUGUAAUGCUCAUCCAGUAUCAUAGGUUAAAAAUAGGAAUUAUCAUGUGUGCAGUCAUAUACAUGACGAUAAACUGUUUUCUUCUUUAACUUGUUAAGCUCAGUUUUGUUUUGAAUCAAUUUGUUGAUAUGGGUUUAUGUUCA